AUGCAGUCUUUUUUUCGGGUAGAUUUGACACUGGCCGUAUUUGUCUCUGUGGCCUAUGGCCAGGGCGUCAUAGCAAGUGCAAAGGGUGACGUGGGCAUAAGCUAUGGAAUGCAGGUUGAGAUCAACAACUAUGCGGAUGCAAAUUACAUCAACCAGGCCGAGAUCGUAGCCAAUGCGGUAAAUGCCUGCGGAAGAACGUUACUCGCCGGCGACAUCAGCGAGGCCGGUGUCACCGAGGAGCUCCUUGAAACCGGCAACUACACCACUACCACGCAAGGCGGCACUAUCACAAUGGUCAUCAGCCAGCGCUACGCUAACGGCAGCGGUCCAUUUGCAUGCGAUUUAGAUGAGGCCAGCAAUGCUUUGGGGGCUUAUGGGCAAACAAACCUCACGGUUACUCAAAAUAACGCUGAUUUCGGUGGCUGCAUCACAGUGCAGCAGACCGAUGUUACAGCCAACGUCAACACGGUGGACAACAUUGUCACUGAAGAGAAGAAAAGCGCAAUUUCCGCCCAGGUGGUUCAGAACCAAAAAGACCUUCCAGCCGCCAAAAAGGGUCUCGCCGCCGCCGGCACCACUGAGAAAGAAGGACUAUAUAUUGUAAAGGCUAUUUUGGCUGGGGAUGCGAAUAUUGACAAGGAUGCCGCGGCCGACAUUGUGUCUUCGGCAGCUUCUGCAAAUGGAACUACCACUACAGGCACCAGGAAGACCAGGGCCACCAGAAACGAAGACCAGGACCGGAACGGGGCCUGCAGCUGCUGCUACCGCGAGCAGGAGGACCAGGACCAGGACCAGAACAGCGACCGCGUCUACCAAUACUGGAACGGUAGCUGCAGCCGCCGCGGCCGCAAACAAGAAGACCAGAACCAAGGCAGCUACAGCUACAGGCCCAUCAACAACAGGUAG